AUGUUGCAAACAGUCUGCAUGAGCCCUGAGCUGCUUGCCAACCAAAGCAUGAGUGAAAGUGAAAUCUGUGGCUACAGCCCAGGCCAGGGAUCUCCUCUGCCUGGAGAAACUGCCAGUCCCAAGAGCUGCUUCCAGCAGAGCCCAUCUCUGCCAGACUCUGGAUUAACUGAGCUGAACGUGGCGAGCCCCAAGAUCUUCCACCCUCCUCCUCCUCCUCCUCCAUGCAACCCUCCAGGGAUGCCUGCUCCUGCUGACUCUGAACUUAGCUCUGAUCCCCCUCAGAAGCGCUACAUGGGUGUGAGAGUGAAGAUGCCAGUGCGGGAGCUGCUGAGGAAAAUCCGACUUUCCAAAGGCUUGGACCCAGCUCCAGGCAAGGAAGCCGCAGCAGUGAAGAUGGUAGCCAAAGGAUCCUCAGGAAAAACAGCAGAGAAGAGGAGAUCUCACCCUUAUACAGAGAAACAGCUUAGACAGAGCAAGCAGAGCGCUGGGCUAAGCCCCAGAGGCUUGGAGGACCUCGACAUCCUGGUGGAGGUGCUGCAGGAGGAUCUGAACCAGAGCCAGCUCGGCGAGGAGCCCCGGCAGCCCGCGCCAGACGGGUUCUGGCAGGGAUUCUGCACCCGGGAGCUGCAGAGCUGCUGCUGGCAGAGCGCGGGGAGCGAGGAGGCAGCCGGGGGCCUGCAGGGACCAGCAGAGCUUCACCCCCUGCCCUGUGGCAGAGAUUUCCACCCCAUCCUGCGGGGACAGGCACAGCCUUCCCUCCAUGGUCAGCAGGAAAGCACCCAGAGGUCCGGCUCACCUGGAAUGGUCUUCGGGAUGGGCGAGGACGGGGGCAGCUGGUGGGUGCAGGAUGAUCCCUUGAGCUCCCAGGAGGGUUUCCCGAGGAACUCUCCAUCCCAGGAAGGUUUCUCAAGGAAUUCUCCGUCCCAGGAAUGUCUCCUGAGGAAUUCUCCCUCCCAGGAAGGUUUCCCAAGGAACUUUCCACCCCAGAAAUGUUUCCUGAGGAACUCUCCAUCUCAGGAAGGUUUCUUGAGGGAUUCUCCACUCCAGGAAGGUUUCUCAAGGAAUUCUCCAUCCCAGGAAGGUUUCCCAAGGAAUUCUGCACCCCAGGACAUGCCUGCAGUCCCCAGCUUGGCAGAGAUGCUGCUGGAAGCUCCCAGGGGCUCUCCAGAUGUGGAGGGACAUUUGAGGCCGACCCCAAAUUCCUUCACCAGGCAGGACCUCUCUGCCCUCUCCUUCUUCCAGUUCCAGCUGCACAGGGAGGAGAAUUUGCUGAGGAGCAUCCCAGAGGAAGAACUGCUGGCUGCUGAUGAACAUGGCAACAGGCUGCUGCACAAGGCUGUUGCCCAGGGAAGGAGGGCUCUGACUUUUGCCCUGGCCCGGAGAUUUGCAUCCCUCAACAAGAUCGACGAGAAGGAUGCAGAGAAAAGGACUGCUUUGCAUCUUGCUGCAGAAAAGAACCAGCACCUGAUGGUGAGUGACCUGAUCUCCCUGGGAGCCAACGUCAACGAGCAGGACAGCUCUGGGAAAACUCCCCUCCACCUGUGUGCAGAGAAUGGCUACCUGAGGGUUCUGCAGGUCCUGAAGAGCUGCAAGAGCAGCGGGGUGUGUGUGGAAGUGGAUCUGCCUGACCACCAUGGUCUGACCCCCCUGCACUGUGCUGCCCUUGCCCACACCGUGCUGGUGGCAGAAUCCCAGAGCCCUGCCAGGGACAGCGGCGCCGGGAGGCUCCUGAGGCUCCGGAGAGCCCAAAUCCUGGAGGGAAUUCUGUGCCUGCUCCAGAUGGGAGCAAAGCCUCAUCUGCAGGUCCUGAACUCGUGUCCAACCUCCACCCCCUGCCUAAAGCUGGAGGAGAACACAGAGCUCAUGUGUUUGCUUCAGACUCAUAAAGCCCAGGCACAGGAUGUUCCUCAGGAGAGCUGCAGCCUGCUGGAUGCUCCCAGAGGAACCCCCGCUCCCCCGGCUGCAGAUAACUCACCUGGACUUUGCUCCUUGUCAUCCUCCCAGCUCCUUGAUGUCCUUCUCGAAGAUCCCGCUGGCCCUGAGGAGUGCAGGGAACAAAUCCUGAGCCCCCCGAAUUCCACAGCCCAGCCCCCGUUUUUGGGCAUCCUCAACCCCAUCACCUGCAUCAGCAGCAGCGUGACCCUGCUGUUCCUCCUCACCCCGCAGCAUUUCCCCCUUUACGAUGUAAACAACCUGUACAACACAAAUGCUGAAUUUGACUGGGGAGAUUUCCGGAGCCUCAGGGAGGAAAUCAGAGAAAUUCCCAGAAAUUCCCAGAAAUUCCUCCUGUUCCUUUUCCAGUUCCAGGCCCCCGGCACCUACGUGCUCCAGCUGAGCAGCAACAAGCACAAGAGAAUGUACGUGAGGGCGAUGCCAUGGGGGGCACGGUGCCCUCAGGCCGGGCCCUUCCUGCCCAGCAGCCCCGGGGUCGCUGUCCGCCUGGGCAUCGCCAGCAGCGCGGAGCUGCGCCUCAGCCCGGACUGGGCAGCGACGGCCGCGCUGAGCUCGGCGCUGCUGCUGCUGCUCGCUGCCAGCCUGGCACCGGCUUUCGAAUUUUUGUGA